AUGCCCAAGAAACACAGUCUGUCAAAUAAGGUCAGAAAGCGAAAAGCCAAGGAUCUGGAUCAGAUUCACGAUGAUUUAAAGCCGGAGAAAGCAGUUAAAUUGAACAAUCAAGAGAUCGAUCUUGAUGUGGCUGGCGAUGCUCAGCAUUACUGCAUUGAAUGCAGUCGCUACUUUAUUGAUGGACACACACUGUUAAAGCACAAAAAAACAAAAGGUUUGUAUUUGCAAUGUUUUUGAUUUUUUUUAAAUUGUUUCUUAUAUGUAAAGUAUUUUUUAGUUCACAAGAAUCAAGUUAAAAGAUUGAAAGAUCCUCCUUACACGCAGAAGGAAGCCGAUGCAGCUGGAGGUCUUGGUGUUUAA